CCCAUAGUCUUCUUCGUUUUCAAAAACAAGAAAGAAGCUCUUCUGAAAAUUUUAUUUAAAAAAAAUAAAAAUAAAAAAUAAAAACCCACAAAUCUUCUUUUUUCUCCCUUGAAAAGUCUAAAACCCCAUUUCAUUUCCUUGUUUAUUUCUUUCUCUGGUUGAUAUGUAAAGGAAAAGAAAAAAAAUCAGUAUAAAUCUCAGAAAAUUUUAUAGUUUCUUUGUGUAGUCUUUGAGAUGGCUCUGUUUCGGUGCUCUGUUUUCUAUUUGGUUUCGUUGACCCACAUUGCUCUGCUUUCGACUCUCUGUUUCGCUGCAGACCCUUAUGUCUCUUACGACUUCCGUUUCUCUUACAUCACAGCCUCUCCUCUGGGUGUCCCUCAACAGGUCAUAGCUGUGAAUGGGAAAUUUCCAGGGCCUGCUAUUAAUGCCACUACUAACAACAAUGUUGUUGUUAACGUGCAUAAUGACUUGGACGAGAAUCUGCUGCUUACUUGGUCUGGGGUUCAAAUGCGGCGUAAUUCAUGGCAGGAUGGUGUUCUCGGCACCAAUUGUCCAAUUCCUUCAAAGUGGAAUUGGACUUACCAGUUUCAAGUUAAGGAUCAGAUAGGGAGCUUUUUCUAUUUUCCAUCUCUCAAUCUCCAGCGAGCAUCUGGUGGCUUUGGUUCUUUUGUCAUCAAUAAUCGGGUGAUAAUUCCAAUUCCUUUUGCACAGCCUGAUGGGGAUAUUGUCAUUAUUAUUGGUGACUGGUUUACACAAAACCAUACGGCAUUGGCAAAAGCCUUAGAUGCUGGAAAAGACCUUGGUGUUCCAGAUGGAGUUCUCAUCAAUGGAAAAGGGCCAUACCGUUACAACAAUACUCUAGUACCUGAUGGAAUUGAAUAUGCAACCAUUAAUGUUGACCCAGGUAAAACUUAUAGACUUCGUGUGCACAAUGUUGGAACUUCCACAAGUUUGAACUUCAGAAUUCAAAACCAUAAUCUGCUAUUAGCUGAAACUGAGGGACAUUAUACAAUGCAACAAAAUUUUACUGACUUUGAUAUUCAUGUUGGACAAUCCUAUUCUUUUUUGCUCAGCACGGAUCAGAAUGCUAGCACUGAUUAUUACAUUGUGGCAAGUGCAAGGUUUGUGAAUGAAUCAAUUUGGCAGAGGGUUACAGGUGUUGGCAUCUUACACUAUUCUAACUCUAAAGGACCAGCCAGUGGUCCUCUACCUGAUCCUCCAAAUGAUGUUUACGACAAAUCAAGGUCGAUGAAUCAGGCAUUGAGUGUCAGGCAAAAUGGUUCAGCCAGUGGAGCUCGGCCUAAUCCACAGGGUUCAUUUCAUUAUGGUUCAAUUAAUAUUACUGAAACAUAUUUGUUGAAAACUGUGCCACCAGUGACGAUCAAUGGGACAUCACGAGCCACUAUCAAUGGGAUCUCUUUCGUCAAUCCUCAAACACCAAUCAGACUUGCCGACAAGCAUAAUGUUAAGGGAGCUUACAAGCUUGAUUUCCCAAAUAAACCACUUGAUAGACCACCUCGAAAAGACAUAUCUGUUAUUAAUGCUACGUACAAGGGAUUCAUAGAAGUAGUAUUUCAAAACAAUGACACUGUGUUGCAGAGUUUCCAUAUCGAUGGAUAUUCUUUUUUUGUUGUUGGGAUGGACUACGGUGAGUGGACAGAAGACAGCAGAAAUAGAUACAACAAGUGGGAUGCAAUUUCUCGCUGUACUACACAGGUUUACCCUGGGGCAUGGACUGCGGUUCUCAUCUCUCUUGACAAUACUGGAGCAUGGAAUCUUAGAGCAGAAAACCUUGAUAGAUGGUAUCUAGGCCAAGAAACAUAUUUGAGGAUUGUCAAUCCUGACGAAAAUGGUGAAACAGAAUUUGCUGUCCCUGACAAUGUUUUAUAUUGUGGUGCCCUGGCGAGUUUGCAGAAGAAACAGAAGCAAUCAUCUUCUGCGAUGUCAAUUUGCAGAGGAAAAUCCAAGCUUUUCAUGACUCUCCUGGUGGCAUUAUUUGCUUUGAGUUUUACAUUUAACUGAUGUUUCCUGUUGGGUGGUUAGAACUUUACAAUUCCAAGCAGUGGGAACUUUUUUAUCCUGGCAUAGAUGUUGUCUGUGGUCGUCACUGUGGGAGUUUGCGAUACAUAUCUUAGUGCAAAUUGUUAGUACAAAUUUUUGUGGUUUUAAGACGAUUCAUUUUAUUUUUAUCAAUAUCUAGGGUGCCCCAUCAAAAUUUCUUGUAACUUAGGUCAUUUGGAAUCAUCAUUCUUUGUGCAUUAACAUACUUCGUGAUGAUCAUUAAACCAUUCUCAAUACCAUACAACUUUUUAUGAUUAAGUUUGAAUGUUUGAUGUAUCUUCCUCCAGUGAUAACUGUGUUUCAUCUGCUUUAUCUAUAGAUAAGUUGAUAUUUCUUGA